UUCCUGAUCAUCCUGCUUGUCUUCUUCGUGGCAUUUGCCGUUGCCUCUGAAUCGGUUCUGUACCCACAGAAAAAGCUCAGCGGACCGGGCAUUUUCUACUUGUUUCGUAUGGCGUACUGGUCUAUGUUUGGAGAGCAUUUUUUAAGCGAUAUUGACGGUAAAAUAGAGGCUUGCUUUUUACACAGAUUAUCUUAAAUGUUUGACGAUUUUUCAAUCCCAUUUUUGAAUUGCAGUUGGUGUAGUUGUUGCUGUCUAAAAAAGAAUACGCACUUCCAUUUCAUUUCCUUAAUUAAUUGUUAGCUUAAUCACAAUAUUUAUCAAUAUGCGGAAAAUAAAUAAGUAUUGCAUGGAGCUCAGAGUGUCUGCUCCCACUCCUUGCUUAUCCCCAUCUGUCUUAAUCCGUAUUUUAUUUUUCUCUGUAUAUCUCGGUCUCUCUCUAUCUCCGUGUUUCUGUCUCUCAUUCUCUCUAUCUCUCUCUCUCAGCUUUUUGAGACGAUGAUAUAGCCUUUUCAAAGUGCAUCGUUUUUUUUUCUUCUUAUGAGACAGAUCGUGGAAUGGCUACUGGUUUUGCCUAGUAAUGCAAAUCUCUGUGUGUUUUACUGCCUCUGUUACACGUUGCUAUUACCUAGCCGGAACGGCGAUCAGCGAUGAUCUACCAUACUGGAUUUUUACCCUAGGUUUCCUCUUAUUUCUAGGGCGUCCGAUAAUUCUUGUCCCUCUGUUCUUUAGGACGCGAUCUUCCAAUAUUCUCCUCAGAAGAACUAUCCGACGAAGGCGCCUUUUACUAGAUAUAUGUAUGCAGUUGAUGUAACUUUCUAUCCUCAUUUCCUGCAAGGCAUAAUUGACAAUAUUACUAUGUUUGUUUGAUGGUUUUAUGAUCGCCUCCAUAGUCUUGAUGGUUGGUAAUGCAAUUGAUCUUCAUUAACAGCCCCAAACAGCACGAGUGAAUGCACCACUGAUCCAUCAAUCUAUAACACUUAUACGACGGUGAGGUGUCCCACUGCGGUC